AUGCCUAAAGCCGCUCACUUUCGGUAUCAUCGCCACUUCAAGCCACUCACAAUUUACUGCGACUUUCCCCCUGAGCGCAUCUACACUCCUCUUCCUUUGACACAGCACAUGUCAUUUUCUCGUGAUAUGGACUGCUCGGUGGCACCUGAAGUCUCACAACACACUCCAUCGGUAGUUCAGUCAUCCAUCACCACUUUUCUGCUGGUGAAAAUUCCGAAACCCCGAGGAGAUGUUUCCCGUAUCAAGAGGGGAGGAUAUAAUUUACAUGAGGCACUCGGCUGGCCUUCUUCAGACUAUGAAGAAACUCAUACGUUCAUAGUCCAUCUCACCCAGGAACAUCUCAAAAUCAAUAAGUCCUGGAGUUCACAAGCAAAGGCCAGUUUGACCAUUGUGUAUGCGGAAGCAAAAAAAUGGUAUCGCAUCCUUGAUCAUUAUGAGGACAACUGGGUUGUUAGUGAUAUGCUCCGUAUAUUUUUGAAAAACAGUAGUAGUCGUUAG